CGCUCAACCCUAAUUUGUCCAGCAUCAUUUUACUUGAAGCGCACAUGGGUUGCUGUGAUUCUUUCAUGCGCGUUCUGGUUAGUUCCGUGUUAAGAAAGCCAGAAAGAAUACCACCCAUCUACUCACCUGUUAUUUGUAAUGUUUCUCUUUAUGAUGUGUUUCCCUGUGACAUCAUUGUACUUAUAUUCCAUAAAUUCAUGCUUGUAUAACAUCUAUGGCCUCAUUAGGGAAAAAAAUAUAUCUUUUUUUUUUUAAAAAGGGAGACAAAAUGGAUAUUUUCUUUGGGGCCCCAUCAUACAACAGACAUUUUCUACGAUGGAGAAAGAAAUAACAGAUGCUGUGUUUCCAUUAAUGAGAACACUCAUUUCUAAGAAGCUGGAAUUUCAAAAAACAAAACUUUUUAUCGAGAGGCUAAGUUUUGCAUUGCAAGAGAAGUUUGCGGGACACUGGUACCCUGAAAACCCCAGCAAGGGGGAAGCUUACAGGUGCAUACGAGUGAACCAGUAUGACAGUCAUGAUCCGGAACUCCUUCGGGCCUGCCACGAGAGCGGGCUGCAGUUCUGUGACCUGCGGCUGCCUCUUGAUUUUACACUGUGGAUCAACCCCGGAGAGGCUUUUUGUAGGAUUGGCGAGGAUAAUCCUCCCUUCUCCGUGGCGAGUGUCGCUGCCAUUUACGAGGAGGACGCAGCAAUGAAGCUGUCGGACACUUCGGACAGUGAGAUGUCGGACUACAACUUAUCUUCGUCCUCUGAUGAGGACACAAACGCUUGGUUUCCCCUGAGCUACUGCACUGAGCUGAAUCCACUCGCUCCAGCCUGGUAUCCCACCGGGUACCCCCAAGGGAAAGGUACCAGGGAAAAGUCACGUCCUUCCAAGGCCUUGCAGAAGAACAUUCUGAAGCAGUCUGCUGCCUUUGUGAGGACAAUAAAAAUGACAUAAAUAUAAAAGAACCAGUCACUUUUUGCCUGUGGAAUAUGAAAUAAUAGUUGUUAUGGAUCAAUGAAAUGGCAAUACAAGUGAUAUCAGUAUCACAGAUGGCAAUUGUGGAGAUGCGUAGA